GCAGUGUCUGAGCUGAUGAAGAUCCAUUUAAAUACGUGCAGCUCAUGUUGCUUAAAACUUUGGGAAAAGAAAGAAACUGUUUGAAGGGGGAAAAAAAUCACAUGCAUAGUUUGGGCACAAGACAAUCCCUCAUAAGCUCUCAGAAUGUCCUUGCAUUUGGUUAUUUGUGCUGUGCUGGUCUUAAGCAUCAGUCCUGGCGACUUUUUUCCUAAUUACACAUAUGACUACAUAGACGAGGACUUGGCCUCCUUUGAUUAUUACAAAGGGACGGAUGAAUUUGACGAGAGGAACAGGACGGAGGAGUGCGACGAGUGUGCGCCGGAGCAGUGUCCGCCCACGCAGGGCUGCAGAGCGGGGCUGGUGAAGGACCUCUGCGGCUGCUGCUCUGAAUGCGCAAAUCUAGAGGGACAAACCUGUGAUCCCGGACAGAGAAAUGUGUAUUAUGGACUCUGUGGAGAGGGGUUGCAGUGUAAACUGGACAGCUCGGAUGGAGUCAAAGGAGAGGAACAAGAACCUCAGUGUGUGUGUGCGUCUCAGAAACCUCUGUGUGGGUCAGAUGGAGAGACUUACAUGAAUCUCUGCAAGUUCAAAGAAGCGGCUUUCCUAAAGCCUGGACUUAAUAUGAGCGAUGGGCCGUGCAAGACAGUCCCCAUCAUCAAGGUUCCUCCACACAAUCUGGUAAAUGUAACGGGCAGCAGUAUAGCAUUUCUGUGCGAGGUGUUUGCAUUUCCCAUGGCUCUUGUAGAAUGGAGGAAAGACGGAAAAGAGGUCAUUUUACCUGCCGAUGAUCCCCGCAUAUCUGUUCAGUCACGUGGUGGCCCUCAGAAGUAUGAGCUCUCCAGCUGGCUGCAGAUUGAAGAGGCCAGUCAGAUGGACUCUGGAACAUACAGGUGCAUCGCAAGAAAUGAGCUUGGCCACGUAUCAGCCACUGCAAUUUUAGAGGUGCUACCACCAGAUGAGAUGACUGCCUAUUUGGAACAAAACAUGAAUGCAAUGAUGGGCUAUGACCAGUUACAGGACUACGACAGGGAUUCUUACUGAACUUUAGAUCAGGAAAUUGACCCAAGACAAACAACAAUUUUUUUACUGAUUGAGACUUUACAAUUUCAGACUUGGCAUAAGGCGCACAGGCAGGGCUGGACUGGGAAGAGAAAUCGGCCAGGGAUUUUACAUACAAACUGGCCCAAAUCACCGUUUUGUGGUCCGUUCUGCAUAACGUGGCUCAUUUUAGCUUAUCUUGGCCCAUUUCGUGGCCGACCCACUGGCCAGCUCAGUUCUCCUGAUGGCCAGUCCGCCCCUGAUCAGCCCCAAAGUGCGUCGGCCCACCUGGAAAAUGCCCGGUAUACCAGAUUACCAGUCCAGCCCUGCGCUCAGGCAACAACUGUAUACAAGCCUUUAAAAAAACACCCCCAGGAUUUAUGCAACAUCUGGAUAAUCAAACAUGGCAACAGCUGGGAAGAAGCUUGAGUGAAUUCCCAAUGGAACAGGGCUCUGAGAUGGAUGAAAAACACUGAAUGAGACGAGUGGAGUAGCAAGCAGGGCAGUUCAGGAGCUGCUACAAGCUAGGAAGUUUGUAAAGAGAGUGUUGGGCAUGAAUGUCUUUUUUGUUUCAUCCCCCUGUGACCCACUGGAUAACAAAACACAGAGUGAGAAAGACAUGAGGAACUGAAGAGUGAACUUUGAGAGAGCAUCAGCCUCUGAGUUUAUGUAUGUUUCUGAGUUUCCCCUUUGAGUGUGUGUGUUUCAGAUUUGUUUUGAGUCAGUUAAGCCCACAGCUGACUUUAAUAUACCUCUAUAAUCUCCUGUCUUUGGAUAUUAAUGCAGGCGUCCUAUUCUUGUGUACUGUAAGGAGUACCCUGGCGACCACCACUAAGGGUCGCUAAUUUUUUUUUAAUUGUUUACAACGUGUCUUUUAUUUGAUAAUGGGUUUUGUGCUUCUUUUCCUUCUCGUUGUUGAUUGGUUCUUGUGUUCAUUGUCAUUGUCAGGUGCCUCUCGUUUCAUCAUUAGUUCUCUGUAUAUUUAAUCCCAGUGUUUUCCUCGUUGGUUUUUGUUCUGUUUAUUUCAGACUGUAAUAUAGCUAUGUGUUCUAGUUUUGCAGUUUCUCCUGUGUGUUGUGAGUCUUUUCAGUUUUUUUCAUUAAGGAACUGCAUUUAGAUCCAGCCUUCUUCUGCUUGCAUUU